AUGUUUGCUGCCCUCAACGACGGUUCAUGCGACGAUGGCGGGCAAGGCUCGACCAACUCGGCUUGCGCUCUCGGCACCGACUGCAACGACUGUGGCGGGCCUGAGAACGCUUACACUCGUCUCAACAACCCGCUUCCGCCCGACGUCUUUGUGAGUGGCAACGCCGCCUUACAGCUGGCCGUCCGGGAAAACACGACAGACAUCUACCUGCAGCCCGGCGCGAACGUCAGGCUCAGCCAGUCUCUCGUCCUUGACGGAGUAGACGUCACCAUCCGCAGCUCAGGCAGCAUCACUGGCGCCACCAUCGACGGCACCGACGCUUUGGACAGUCUCUUUAUCAUGAAAAACAAGGCAACGCUCUCGUUGGAAGGGCUCGUCUUGGCGAAUUGCCAGGCGGAAGCUGAUGGCGGUGCGGUCCGCAUGGAUGACUCCGACGCGAGCUUGCGUGACGUUCGCAUACAGGACUGCUACGCUGGGAACUCUGGCGGAGCCAUUUACGCCGCCAGAGGCAGCUUGCGACUGGAGUCGGUGGAGAUAACGCGCUGCAGCACUGGGAUUGAUCCAGAAGGCGAGAACGCCCAGGGCUGGGGCGGGGCCAUCCGGAUUGUCAAGGUUCCCCAGGUGGAGCUGAGCGAGGUCAACAUUACCGGCUGCAGCGCAGUCAAGGGUGGGGCUCUGUACAUUGACGGUGGGGCGGACGGCGAGACCACGCUGAACCGGGUCCGUCUCGCAGACAGCACUGCCACCGAAGAAGGCGGCCUCGUCUACAUUUCGAGCGGGCGCCUGACGCUGGAGAACGGGACCCUUCUGGAGAGCGGAACGGCAAGCCAAGGGAGCUCGAUCGCAUUCAGCGGCGCGCCCGAGGUGACCUACCGCCUGCCUUUGCCUCCCGGGCACUGGAUCCCGCACUCGACAUGCGAGAUCUACCGGCAGCUUCCUGCCGACUGUGCGGGCGACGUCUGCCGGGGUCUAUUCGACAAGUGCAAGACCGAGACGGACGCGCAGAACGACGAGUGCAAAGAGUUCCCCGUCGCCUUUGUUCAGCCCUGCAACUGGGAGGCGACGCCCACUCUCCUCGGCGUAUCUCUGUACCAAGUGCCGACCUCUGCCCUCGAUGUCGACCUGCCGUACGCCUGCGCCCCUGGCAUUCUAGGCUCGAGCGAUGCCGAGGACCAGAAGUCGGCCUUCUGCGCCGGCCUCUGCCCCGUGGGCCAGCGGUGCCCCGAGGCCGCCACGACGGAGCCCCGCCCGUGCACCGAGGGCAACUUCUGCCCGGCGGGGACGAGCGUGCCUCGGCCGUGCCCCGAGGGCUCGUACUCGGCCGCGACGAACCUGACGAAGGAGGACGAGUGCACGCAGUGCCCGGUCGGCUCCACCUGCCCGGCGGGCAGCACCGUCCCCGACCCUUGCAACGACGGCACGACGACGUACGGCCAAGGGUCCACGGCGUGCGACGUGUGCGACGAGGACUUCUUCCUCGUCCUAGGGGAGGCCCAGGCCUCCACCAAGGCGUGCAAGUCGUGCCCGGCCCCGCCUUCCUCUCCGCAGGGAGGCGUCGUGUCCUUCACCUGCGGAGUCGACACACGCAUCGGCGCACUCUACGUGCCGGGCAGAGGCUCGCUCAACGUGUCGAGCGGCUGGUGGCGCGCCUCGAACGCGUCGUCAACGCUGUUUGCGUGCAAGGGUGGCAACGCCCUCUGCCACCCCUUCUACGAGGGCCCAAAGUGCGAGGUCUGCACCAACACGACCGACAACGGCAUCCGCUACUUCCUCAACUCGAAGGCGCGCUGCCAGGCGUGCGACCGGCCGGCGGAGUCGGUGAUGCUGCUCGUCGGUCUGCUCUUCACGGCGGGCGCUCUCGGCCUCGGCACUCUAAAGGUGAUCCGCAGCUCGUGGGUCCCGUCGGGCAAGGUGGCGCGUGCGCUCGUCCUUCUCGGGCGGCGCAUGGCGCUGCUGUGGAAGCAGGCGGGGAUGCUAUGCAAGACGAAGCAGCUGAUCAACCUCUUUCAGGUAGUCGCAGUCGUGCCUGCAGUGUACGAGGUCGAGCUGCCGCCGCAGCUGAGCGAGUGGGUCAACCUCUUCAAUGCCGUCUUUAAUGCCGCAGUCUUCGACCUCGAUCUUUUCCUACCGCCCGAAUGCUACGGCUCCUACCUCACACGCCUCAUUGCCUGGGGGCUUUGGCCUGUUGCGCCCAUCCUCCUCGCGAUCCUCGGCAGCUGUGCCUGGGAGCUCGUUGCUGAGGUUCGCCACAGCGCAGCUACGAGCAGUGCAAAUUCGACCCGUGCUGCGCUUUGGCGCGGCUUUUUGCGUGUGCUGCCGCUCAUCUUGAUCCUACAAUUCUUGCUGGUCACCUCCACCAGCACGCGCAUCCUCCGCACCUUCAACUGCAUCGAGUUUCCGACGCGGGACGCGGUCCUCGCGGGGGGGCAGGAACCGUACCGCGCCUACCUCGCCGACGACCUCUCCCUCGACUGCAGCACGCCGGAGUACGCCACGGCGCAGCGGUGGGCGUACGUGCUGCUCUUCUCGACACCUCUCUUGCGUGCGACCGACUUUCUCUGGAGGGACUACGAGGACAGCGCCUUCUACUGGGAGCCGCUCGACCUCGUCCGCAAGCUGACGCUGACCGGCUUCGUGCUCAUAAAUACACAGGGCUCGAAGCAGCUCCGCGUCAUCAUCGCGCUGCUCGUCUCGAUGCUCUUCCUCACCCUGCAGUACGUCCUCUCGCCGUACAAGCGCAACCUCGACGGGCGGCUGGCCAUGUUCGCCAAUAUCGGCCUCGUCCUCGUCUACCUCGCCACGCUGACCAUCAACUCGUGCUCGCUGCUCGAGACGGACACACAGACGUGCGCCGACGAGUUUGGGCUGAGCCAGCUCGGGCUGUCGUACAUGUUCCUCUCCUUCACCACCGCCCUCCUCGGAAUUGGGCUCAUCCUCGUUCUGUGGCUCUACACAGCGGCAAGCCGCGCACCCACCUUCCGACUCGUUAGCAGCGGGCGCGAGCCGCUGCGAGACGGAGGGACGCUCCCGGAAGGCAUACGGUGGCACCUAUUUCUGAGCCACAUCUGGUCGACGGGGCAAGACGCGGCCGCGGUGAUCAAGAACCAGUUGCGGUUGCUUCUGCCUGGUGUCGAAGUCUUCCUCGACGUGGACGACCUUGAGAGCAUCGCCGCUCUGGAGGAGUACAUCUCGAGCUCUCGUGUCGUGCUUCUGUUCCUAUCACGGGGCUACCUUCGCUCGGUGAAUUGCCAGCGCGAGGUGCGUGCUGCUUUAGCUAACAACAAGCCCAUUGUGCUCGUUCAGGAGGUGGAUCCGGAGAAGGGAGGCGGUGCACUGGCCGAGCUCCGCGCGGAGUGCCCCGCUGAGUUGCAGAAUGGAGUCUUCGACAAUCGUCAGCCAAUCCCUUGGCAUCGGAUUCGUGAGUUCCAGCUCGUCUCCCUAAAGCUGAUUGCCGAAGCGACGCUACUGCAGACGCCAAGAUACUGCGGGAAGAGCAACCUGCCGCUUUACCUCCCUGGGCUUCUCGAUAAGCAAGAGAGCCAGGCGACCAAUGCGCUUCAAUGGCUCAGCCGUCGAGUGAGUAGUAGCAGCAUCAAUCAAGACGGCUCCAACGGAGAAGCUACCCAUAUGCUGCUCUACCUCAACUCGUCAACCUGGUCUGACGAGCUGCUAGCGAAGCAAGUCACAGCGGCGCGCGCGGCCAGACUGCCCAUCAUCAUGGCUCAUGAGAGGGACCCAGCACGAGGCGGGUGCCUCUUUGCGCGCAUGUUCGAAGUUACGCCUCAGCAGCUGAUCGUCGACGGCCUCUACAAGAACCUCGCGCGCUCGUGCUUUCCCGAUCCGCACCGCGGGGUGUCGCACAUGCUCCUGGCUAAGGACCUCGGCGCUGACGUGUAA